CCUCCGCGCGCCACCGCCAGGCCCCGCCCCCUCCCCCUUCAAGCCCCUCCCCCUCCUUCCCGUCGGGCAGUGCGGCGCCAAGAUGGCGGCCGCCAUGAGGGUGGCGGGCCUGGGGCUGCUGGGCCGGCGGGCCUCGGCUCUGCGCCCCCCCGGGGCCGCCCCUCCGUGCCUCGCCGUGCCCGUGCGCACCAAGCGGCGGCUGUUCGUGCCCGACUGGGCCCGGGAGCUGUCCCCGGCCGAGAGGGAGAGCCGGCUGCGCGCCGCCGCCAGGGCGCUGCCCGAGGACCGCCUGGAGCGCGCCUUCUUCCUGGCCUGCACAGCUGAUAUUAUAGACCCUUAUGUCCCCCCUGAGGGUGAUGCCCGCAUGUCUUCCCUAUCCAAAGAUGGGCUGAAGCAAAGGGUGGAGAAGCUGAAGCAGACCGCUGCCUCCCAGCUAGCUCUGCGGAAGGUAAAGGAUCAUGUUCCGGAUUUCAGCACAAAAACCUUCCCAGAGAAGGCACAGGAGAUAUUCAUUGAAGCUCACAACUGCCUGGCAAAUUUUAACAAGCAGAAACUUCACUCCCUGGUGACAGAGCGCUGCUACCCGGACAUGGUCCGUGGCAACAGGUACAAGACCAUCCGGUGGAGUUUUGUGGAGUCUCUGGAGCCUCCGAGAGUGGUCCACAUUCGGUGCAACAGCAUGGUGAACCCCAGUAACCUGUACGGCCAGGUGACGGUGCGGAUGCACACACGGCAGACCCUGGCUGUCUAUGACCGGUUUGGGCGGCUGAUGUACGGCGGGGAGCAGGUGCCCAAGGAUGUUCUGGAGUACGUCGUAUUUGAGAGGUAUUUGGUCAACCCCUACGGCACAUGGAGGAUGCACGGCAAGAUUGUUCCAGAGUGGGCUCCACCAAAGGACCCCAUCAUUAAGACGGUGAUGAUUCCCGGCCCAGCCUUGGAUUCUUCACAAGAGAUUAAAGAACAUAAAGAAGAAACUUCAGAGCAAGUACAGAGGCAGCAGUAAGAACAACCCUGAAGGAACAAAACGGAGAAUGUCUGUGGAGGGAGCUGGCUGGGUGUAGCUGUGCUUUUCAACAAAGCAGCUUCAGGAACGGACUCCGCUCACUAAGAAAUCGCCUUGAAAGGAGGGAAACGGAAGUGGGAGAGGAUUCAGAUGAGCUCUAAGAGCUUUCCUCUGUCCAGAUAGACUGUGCUGUGUCUUAACCUUCUCUAUGUAGUAGGUAUUGGUACAGCAGUAACUAUUGGUGCAGCAAGCACACUUUAAAUCAGGUUCUCCUGAGUGGGUCCUGCUGAAUGGGUGCUUGUUAACGGCCAAGCUGUAGCACAGCACUGAUAAUUUAAUAAAUUUUUUUGACUCCUGA